UUUAUUUGGUUGUACUACAAGGCGCUGGACGCGCAAUUGCCGGCGUGCCGGGUGAAGAUGUAUAUUUACAGCGAUAAAAUAAAUGGAAAUAUCAUUUGUGUUUAUUACUGUACUGUAUGCUGUGAAAGAAAAUGAACAGUGUCAAACAAGGAGAAGUUUUUGUAACGUGUCAUCCCUUUCUGCAGGAGAUAAGUUAUGGCUGCAGUGAACGCCUUCGUAAUCUUAUCCUUAGCCGUAUUUAUGAUUUUCUGCAUCGGCAUUCGUAACUUUUUAGUAGAUUUUGAAGAAAAUGGCUGUGAAAUGACAUAUAUGUUCGAGUAUCCUCAAUAUGUCAAAAUUUCUCUCCCACAAAAUGUAACAAAAAAGUACAGCCGCUAUGGACUGUAUGCUUAUGGAGAAGGCCAGUUUACUGAGAAACUGAGACAUAUGAUAUUUAAUGGCGUACCAGUACUCUUCAUUCCAGGAAAUAGUGGUUCCCACAAACAAGUCCGUUCAUUGGCGUCUGUCAGUCUCAGGAAAGCUAUUUCCUCACAUUCAAGGUUUCAUUUUGAUUAUUUCUCAUUGGAUUUCAAUGAAGAAUAUUCAGCAUUGUUUGGAGGGGUCCUUCAAGAGCAAACAGAAUUCCUUCAUAUCAGUAUUAAAAGAAUUCUUUCAUUAUACGAGAGAAGUCCGUCAAAACCAAAUUCUGUUGCACUUGUUGGACAUUCGAUGGGUGGUGUAGUGGCAAGAGGCUUAUUCAUGUUGCCUGAUUUCAAUACAUCACUUGUAAAAGUGAUAGUGACAUUAGCAACACCCCAUGUAUCUCCUGUCCUCUCUGUCGACUGGCAUUUAUCUUCAUACUUUGGUAAAACCAAUGUAUUUUGGGGAACACACAGGAAUGAUCAGUUGAAGAAUGUCACUUUUGUUUCACUGGGUGGAGGACACCGUGAUGUUAUGGUUCAGUCGGCACUUACAAUUAGUUCCUCUGCUGACAUCAACAUUCUGACCACAGAUGUGCCAACUGUUUGGCUGUCCACUGACCAUCUGUGCAGUCUGUGGUGCAAACAACUUGUUUUGGUCCUAGUGAGAGCUUUUUUUGAUAUUGUGGAUAUUUCAACAAAACAAAUAUCUGACAACCCAGUACUUCGAAAAGACAUUUUCUACUAUCACCUAGUCCACAGAACAGGUGGCAAACGUUUCUCCGUAUCGGAGCAUCCACAUCAGCUGCUGUUAAGUGCAGAUGCAGAAUGGGAGGAAUAUCUUCAGAGAAAGCUAUCAAUAUCAGAACCAUAUGGACUUCGAGGCACACGUCAUACUAUGGUGCGUUUGGUGAAUGAUGAGAAACAUCAUUGGCUUACUGUAGUUGUCAGUGGUCUGGAAGCCAAAGACUGGAUCUUUGUAUGCUCAGCAGAUGUUGUUUGGAAGUCUUCAAGAAUGUGUGAUAUUGGUGUCAAUCUCUCAAAUGAAACAGUGUUCCUUCCUUCUGCAUCAGUGAAGAGAAAAAUGAUACAUGUGGACUUACUGAAAUUGAAGGCUAACACAUCAUUCACCCAUGUUGUGUUACGGUUAUUACCUACAAGUAAUCCACUGCAGCUUCAUAUAGAUGUCCAUUCAUCAGAGCGACAUUUUGUAGUCCCAUUGCCACCUUUACUGCCAUUUUCACGUCCAGUUAAUAUAUUACCAAAACUGACAGAUGAGAAGGCAUUGCAUUACCGAUUUUAUUUGUCAGAUCUGGAAAAGCUGUGGCAAGCAUACCUACUUUAUAUAAAACCUGUUACUUGCCGCAGUGGUGCACACCAAGCAGUUGCAAAGUUUUAUGUGCCAUGGAAUAAGGAAGCAGUUCAUAAACUUGUGACCGGCAAGUCAGCAACUCCAUUGAAGGUGAAACUGCAGUCACCAAAGCCAGCAUUAUACAAUGGAUCCAAACACCCAUACAUUGAUCUAAUAUUGGAUGCUUCUUGUCAGUACAUGUUGAGCAUCCAGCCCUCCAUAGCUGACAGUCUUGGACAGUUAGUACGAUUCUACUCACCUCAGCUGCCAGCAUAUGUGGCCACCAUACUGUUACUUGUACUGCGCCAGCAAAUAGUAGAACUCUCAAAAACUGGAAGCUGUGUCAUGUUUCAUACUGCUUUGGGAACAGGUGGCAAAGCAUAUAACUUGUUCUUUGUUGCCAUAAUCACUUCUCAAAUACUCAGGUGGUGCAUGGAUAUAAUGCCCUUGUCAUUCCUCAAGGAAUCAGGUGUGAUGCCUGUGCAGUAUUUAGACACUGAUACUUUUCUUUUGUCAUCAAUACUGUAUAUGGUUUCAUUCACUAUCGUCUUCCUGAUGGGAGUGUUUUGCUGGGCAGCCAUUAUUCUGUCUGGGCAAGCAGCUCACAAAAUGGCACUGAGAUUUUUGGCCAAAACUGUAACAGGUGUUAUUGUUCUGUCUGACUGGACUCUGUCAGCAUUGUCUCACCUACCUGCCACUGUUGCUGUAAUUCUUCUGGCACUUACAUUUAGUACAUGUGGUUCACUGAGCCUCUGCAUUGGAUUAUUUUUCUUCUUCUUGAUGUUGUGCAAAAUGUAUGAAGAUUACCUUGAGCAACUUGUGAGACUGUCUCUCCAUUUCAUUGCAAAAACUUUGAAAGGUGCUACUAAAAAGAAACAGAACUUGCCAGACAGGAACAAGGAAGAAGAAAAGGAAGAGGACAACAAUAUAGAAGAUAAAAAGAAUGAAGAGAAUAAAACUGCUUUGGAGAACACUAGGAAAGAUGAUGACAAAAUUCCUGAAAUAGAGCACAAAGAAAAUGAUACAAAUAAUGAUGUUACAAAUAAUGAUGUUACAAAUAAUGAUGUUACAAAUAAUGAUGUUGCAAAUAAUGAUGUUGCAAAUAAUGAUGUUACAAAUAAUGAUGUUACAAAUAAUGAUGUUACAAAUAAUGAUGUUACUAAUAAUGAUGUUACUAAUAAUGAUGUUACUAAUAAUGAUGUUACUAAUAAUGAAGAAAACAAAGUAAAAGAUGAAACAGAACAAGGAGCAACUCCAGAUGCAAAGGAAAGCAAGGACAGUGACAACUCUCUUUCUGCACUCCAUUUUAAUUUUACCAUUUUUAUAAUCUGGCUCACAGUGUGUGCUCUUAAUGUGCCAAGUGCCCUAGUGUGGGCUCAUAAUUACAGGUAUAAUAGAAGACUGGAACCUGAUCCAUCACUGCCUUUAAGUGUUGUUCUGUGUACUUGUGCAGGAUUUCUGUGGCAGACAAAUGUGCCAAAAAAUAAUUUAAAAUACUACAACGCUGUCUCAAAAAUGUUGUAUGGACUUGCGGUCUUUGCUUUGUGCUAUGGCCCAUUGUCACUUUAUGUAAUGAGUCCUGUAUUGGCAACAGCAGUUGCUAUUGUUACCAUUCACCAAAUGUUCUUCCCAUCUUCUUCAUCAAUGUGAUAUUUGAUGUUUAACAUAUAGACUUUAUUUUCGUGUGUUCUUAUAUGUGCUUUUUUUCUACUUAACAAAGACUGUACAAAAUUUGUAACAAAGAACAGAUGUGAUAUUUAUAUGUUUGUUAUAGAGAUGUAUUUGUAGUAUUCAUGGAUUGUGAAUUAGAUACUAAAUAUUUAUAGGUAAUUUAUAUUUUGUGUAAUGUGAGAGUAAAGCAGAAUU